AAGGACAGCGGGCGGUUGUCAGACCAGAGCCCAGCAGAGAUGCGUCCGUGCGUGUGUGCGUUCGGGGGAGAAUUAGCUCGCUUUGGAAGGCGGCGGCGGCGGCGGGGGUUGAGCCUCCCACUGCAGAAAGCCCUCACUCCAAGCUUUCGCGAAAGCCAUCUUCUCGAGUCGAGCUCGCGCUCUUCCUCUCUGCGUGGAUCCUUGCUUGGACAGGAUGAGGUCCACGUGUUUGAAGUUGACCGUGGCCUGCCUGUGGCUUCUCCCCUCAGCGGGCCGAGAAACAGUCAAAGCCUCCGACUCGGCAAACCGACAACGGAGGGCGGACAAAGGGGAAAGAGGCGCUUCUGCCGGAGCGGCGUUGAAGGUGAAGCAUAUCUCCAAGGACUUACAGAUCAUCUCCACCAAAUACAAAAGCCCCGCGCACGGAUCCCUCGGCCCGUACGGCCGGCCGCGGAACUUUUCCCUGGCCCUCGAUCGACAUCGGUACAACCCUCAAUCCAAACCGCAUUCAAAAGUCUCCCCGAAGUCCAAGAAGAUUUUGGGUUGGGCUGACUUUUACUUCAACGUGAAAACGUUGAAGUUCAGUCUUCUGGUGACCGGCAAAAUUGUGGACCACGUCGACGGCACGUUCGGUGUCUACUUCCGCCACAACUCUUCCCAUUUAGGAAACAUAUCGGUCAGCAUUGUUCCGCCUUCUCAAGCUGUUGGCUUGGAGGUUCCGCAUCCAGGAGUUCUAAGUAUUCAGACCGGGAACUCGGUACUGUUACCGGACCUAGGUUCCCGCUCUCAGUCCACUGGCUCCACCUCUCCGGACCCGCACAAGCAGCAGCGGGAUUUGACGGCGACGACGGAACUCAAUUGCCGCGUCGAGUACCUGAAGACAAACCGGUCCAAGAAGACCAAGCCCUGCAUGUACGACCCGGGUCAGACGUGCUACUCGGAAAACACCCGGUCGCAGGCGGCGUGGAUCUGUGCCAAACCCUUUAAGGUGAUUUGCAUCUUCAUCGCCUUCGCCGGUACCGACUACAGGCUGGUGCAGAAGGUUUGCCCGGACCGCAACUUUCAGGCAGACCGGAAACCAGCAGCACUUCGGAUGACAACUCCGGAAUGAAACGUUUACUUCCGUUUCUAAAAGAGGGUAGCUCCACCGGAUCGGUGCCAUUUGCAUUCCCACGAAAUCAAAUGUAUAAGAUGACGUGUAUAUAUUUUGGGUGAGCAAAUUAUCCUGCACAUUGAUCUGACAGCAUAUUUAAUACAUACAAUUCGACAGAUUUAUUUCAAGUACUUUGAAGAGUGGACAAUUAGCGUCCAGCCUGUCUCGGCUUCCCAAAGUUAGACUUUGUCCUUUAGAAAUGUGAUUUCUUUUUACCUACUCGUGUUAGUCCUUAUCGCGACUCUACUUUUUCGAUGAUUUUCUUUCAAGAAAAACAACGGAGUUUAAAUUCCAACUUGAGUCGUGUCCCUGCCUGGGUUUUCACUCAGUCUUGUGACUCCAAGGCGUUACCCCCUUCGAGAACUUAAAAGCCAGUUCACGCAUUUAUUGCUUUGUAUAUUUGAUCCCAUUUCGACGACGACCGGAACGGAUGAGAUCUCGGCACGUUAACAUAAAUGUUAUGCGGCUAUAUUUCCUGCGUUUGCUAAUUCUAUGCGGAAAAACUCACUCCGGUUACUCUCAGUCCCGUUACGCGGUACAAUAAAACAAUGACAUACAACGAGAACGUCGAUCGAGAUGAGCCAACACGCAUUUUGACUCGUUCAAUUUGGGAACGGUAGCGAGAUGGAUUUGCAGAAAAAGAUUCUUUUGCGAGUGUUACAACAAGCAAAUGGCAAAUGGCGCCGAUCCGGGGGAUGGCCCCUUAUACGCCGUCGAGCGUUUUGCUUUUGUUUUGGAAAGACGCUUUCACGGCUCACCAAUAUGCAGUCAAUUACUAUGUGGCGCACGGUACCUCAGAACUCGAACACAAUCCACUCCAGGAGAAUGUCUGACCUUACACGUGUUCCUAUGUUUGGGCGGACCGACUCGAGCCAACGGCGGGAAAUGUUGGACGAUGGACUCAAUGAUGGAGACAACUGCAACAGAACCGUACGAGACAAUUCUAUCAAACCCGAGACCGUGAGGACGUCACCGGGCGCCAUUUUAUUUGUCAAUUUAGCUCCACAAUUCAGCACUGCAUCAUUCUCAGUCUUGUCAGCAAUUAGCAUGUCAUCAACACAUCCCAUUUCCCUUUGCAGGGUCUUUAUUGAGGUCGUCUUACGUGGACUCGUGUUAUCUGACACGUCAGCGGGACAACGAUCUCUGUCACCGGUGUUUAUGUGUGCCUUGGCAAUAAAGGCCAUUCACGUCGACUGCUUCAUUUCUUGU